GUUGCUCGUAGCCGUACUUUGCUGAAUGUAUGGAAGUGCACGUUGCUUGUACUGCGAUAAUUGUAGGCUGACUGAUACGCCGGCUUGGAGAAGUAAUGGCAGAAAAUGAUACAGGAAUUUUUGGUGCCUGGGAUUAUGUAGUGCUGGCAAUGAUGCUUGUAAUCUCAGCAGCUAUUGGAGUGUAUUACCGCUUCACUGGUGGCAGACAGAAGACAACACAAGAAUACCUGCUGGGGGACCGCAGUCUAUCAGUGUUCCCUGUAGCUGUCUCAUUAAUGGCAAGCUUCAUGUCUGCCAUCACUCUGCUUGGAGUCAGUAUGGAAAACUAUGCAUAUGGGACACAAUUCAUUGUGAUCAACAUAUCAUAUGGAUUAGCUACCCCCAUUGCUGCAUACUGGUUUCUUCCUGUUUUCUUUAAACUGCAAGCCACCAGUGCCUACCAUUACCUGGAGCUGAGGUUUGGACAGGUGACACGCCUGGCUGCUUCAUUUGCAUUCUCAUUGCAGAUGAUUCUUUACAUGGGCAUUGUAUUGUAUGCUCCAGCACUGGCCCUGGAGGCUGUUACAGGACUCUCAAAGACUCUUUCUGUCCUUGCUAUUGGUCUUGUGUGCACAUUCUAUUCCACCAUUGGUGGCAUGAAAGCUGUUAUUAUUACAGAUGUCUUUCAGUCGUUGUUAAUGUUCGCAGCCGUUUAUGUGGUGAUCAUCAAAGCUACAGUGGAUGCAGGAGGUCUGACAGAAGUGUGGGAGAUAGCUGUUGAUGGGAACAGAAUUGAAUUUGACAAUUUCGACCCUGAUCCGACUGUGCGCCACACGUGGUGGAGUCUAGUCAUUGGUGGAGGCUUCACAUACUUGUCACUGUAUGCGGUGAACCAGGCUCAAGUACAGCGUCUGCUCACACUAAAGGACUUGAAGAAAUCACAGCAAGCCCUGUGGAUCAGCUGGCCCGUUCUAUCUCUGCUCAGCCUCAGCACCUCUUUCUCAGGGCUUGCUAUUUAUUCCAAAUACUAUGGCUGUGAUCCAUUAAAAGCUGGACGUAUAUCUGCAUAUGACCAGUUGAUGCCUCUGUACGUAGUAGAUAGUUUGAAAAACAUGCCAGGCCUUGCAGGGUUGUUUGUUGCUGGUAUAUUCAGUGGAUCCUUAAGUACAGUAUCAUCAGCCGUCAACUCUCUUGCGGCUGUCACAAUAGAAGAUUACCUCAAGCCUGCUUAUGCCUGGCUGAAAGGCAUGCCACUGCCUGAAACCUGGCAAGGAUUUCUCUCAAAGAUAAUGGUGCUGCUGUAUGGACUACUGUGUCUGGGUAUUGCCUUUGCUGCACAAUAUCUGGGUGGUAUUCUUCAGGCCAGCCUCACCAUCUUUGGAGUAGUUGGUGGACCACUGUUUGGAUUGUUCACUUUGGGGAUGUUCUUUCCCUUUGCCAAUCAGAUGGGUGCAGUAACUGGUCUCCUCACUGGUCUCAUACUGUCACUUUGGAUUGGAUUUGGUGGUCCCAAGCCUCCUCCAAAAAUGUUGCCAAUGUCAACUGAGAAUUGUCCAUUGAGAACACAGAAUUACCUGUUGAAUAUGAAUACUUCAAGUGGCAUUAAAAUGAUGGCACUAAAUCAAAAUGUCACAGCUGGACUUUCCAGUGCAGCAAACAGUUCCGAUGACUACUUUCUUCUAUAUAGGCUGUCAUACUUGUGGUAUGUUGUGAUUGGUUUCCUGGUGACACUGCUUGUUGGUGUCAUUUGUAGCUGCAUUGUUAAUUGGUGUAGUAAGGAGCCACACACCACUUCUAAUCCAGAUCUCUUUGCCCCUCUUAUUCGGUGCUAUGUCAAGCAAAACUACCACACAAAGGCAACAGCAGAUGAUGACGAUGAUGAUGAUGAUGAUGGUGGUGGUGGUGAUGAUGUUGUGGUGAUGAAACGAGAGAAUGGUGUUAGUAUUAUCAAGCUCAGUGGUGAUAUUGACAGACUGUCUCAGAGCAAUGAGAAUCAGAAACGGUCUCCAUCGACUCCAUUAUAAUGAUUACUGGUAAUGGUAUUCUGUCGUGCAGUGCAGUGCAGUGCAGUGCAGUUAGUUGUCCACAUCACAGAAUGCACUGCGGCAAGCUACUGAGUCAAAACUGAUUUAGCAAAUAGCAAGGUUUACUUUGGUCCAUAUUUGAUACCACUGGCAGAAAAUAACACACAUCAAAAUACAUGUCAUUCCUUUCUGUUCUCAGUUCCAUUUAGUCAGCAUUCUUCCAUUUUCAUUUUAUUUUCUGGGUGGCUUAUGGAUGAGAUUUCACUACCAAGAUUCCGUGCUUGUUUCCCUGCUCUGAGUUAUAUGACCUCUUCGAUUUUAUAACCCUAAGAAUACUAAGAGGAGAAAUUUUCACAAAGUAUUUAUUCAAAUAAUCCCAGUGUCUUGUUUAUUUUAGCUUCCUUUAUUUCCAAAUACGAGGGUUGGAACUUUAAUAGUGGCAACUGUUUAUUUACAACUGAUACAAAACAGAUACAUGUUUCAGAAUUUUACUAUCCUUCACUGUAGUCACCAGCAUUGUGUACAACCUAUUGCCAGCGAUGUGGAAGUCGUAGGAUACCUUUAGCAGCCCCUGU